UGAGGACUGUGAGUAUUGUGAUUACUGCGAGGACUGUGAGGACUGUGGGUACUUUGAGUACUGUGAGGACUGUUGAGUACUGUGAGGACUGUGAGUACUGUGAUUACUGCGAGGACUGUGAGGACUGUUAGUACUUUGAGUACUGUGAGGACUGUUGAGUACUGUGAGGACUGUGAGUAAUGUGAUUACUGCGAGGACUGUGAGGACUGUGGGUACUUUGAGUACUGUGAGGACUGUUGAAUACUGCAAGGACUGUGAGGACUGUGAGUACUGCGAGGAUUGUGAGGACUGUUAGUACUUUGAGUACUGUGAGGACUGUUGAAUACUGCAAGGACUGUGAGGACUGUGAGUACUGCGAGGAUUGUGAGGACUGUUAGUACUUUGAGUACUGCGAGGACUGUGAGGACUGUGAGUACUUUGAGUACUGUGAGGACUGUUGAAUACUGCAAGGACUGUGAGUACUGCGAGGACUGUGAGGACUGUGAGUACUGCGAGUACUGUGAGUACUGUGAGUACUGUGAGUACUGUGAGUACCCUCCUGUGAACACAGUAGUGUGUUUUUGUUUUAUUUGUGAGGCCUCAUGUUCAACUGAAUGGUUCUCAACAAUGCAGGAAUGUGUGUGUGUGUGUGUGUGUGUGUGUGUGUGUGUGUGACUGGACAGAGGGAGGCAGGAUUUGGAGCCUUUCUGUGGUUACUAUAGUAACCGUGAUGUAAGCCCAGAGGGGGAGUUUGCCCUCCUUCUCUUUCAUUGUGUGUGAGUGUGUGUGUGUGUGUGUGUGUGUGUGUGUCUGUGUGUGCGGACAGAGACUUCACUGAAAGAGUCGAGAGCUCAGACCUGGAAAAGAAGAAGAAAGUGAAGGAUUUGAUCUGGAAACAGAAAAGAACGUUGCAGGAACAUAGUGAUUGAGCUGUUCCCUUUGAUGACAUCACCAACCUAGGCUCCACCUACACAUCAUGGCUGACAAGAAGCUGUCUGGUUCACCUCCCCCGUCGAUGUCCUCACCUCCUCACCAGAACGGGAGUUUUGAGGAGACUGGACCUAAAAGUUCUCCACCUCCUCAACAAAAUGGUGGUUUGGUUCCCAAGCCAGCCUCAACCUCACCCCUCAGGACCCUCAGAGGUCUCAUGAGUCCUGAUCCCGGGUCUGGUCCUGAAGGAAGGGCCAGGUCCCCCAAACCCUGGGGCUGGAGCCUCAGCUCUGCUCUGAGCUCCAGGACCAGAUCUACAGAAUCCCAAAGCAAGUGCAGGAGCAGGCCACAGGAGGAGCCAGAGGCCCUGUUGGACCUGAUCCUGGAGUGUCAGAGUCACAGACUGGAUGACCAGAGAGCCAGUUUCUGUCUGCUGCCUGACCCAGGACCCGCUGCACCAUGUGGGUCCUGUAGCCACGACCAGCGCCCCCGACCCAGUGUGGACUUCUACUACAUGCUGGUCCACUUCCAGUCUGACAGGAUGGAGGAGCAGCGCUGCCCCCUCCCGGACCUGGACCACCUGGUUGGAUCAGAUCCUGGUGGUCAGGAGGAGGAUUUCUUUAGUCUGAUCCAGAAAGUUCAGUCCAAGAGGAUGGAUGAGCAGAGGGCCUCACCACUGACAUCACACAAUGGGGAAGAGGAGGACUCCUCCCCCUCCCAUCACCAUCAUCACUGAUGAAGAUCAGGGCCUGAAAGCACAGGGACAGGGUUUUACUGAAACCAGGACCUUUACUUUGCCGAUGUGGACAAACUAAGGUCUGCUCUGAGACCCAGUUCCUUGGGACCUGAGAUUUGGUUCUGACUCCAGAGUCUCACAGGUUCAGGUUUAGGACGCUCUAGGUCCAAGUUCCUUUUUCCAACUUUAUAAAUAUAAAUCUGUUUCUCAGUAAAGAUCUAUAAAGGAGCCCCCGGGGUCCACGGCCUCCUGUUCCCUCUCACUUGGAAGACUGAGAACCAACAGAACCAGGACCAGGACCAGGACCAGGAACUGAACCUGAACCUGAACCUGGACCUGAAACUGGACCUGGACCAGGACUACCUUUGCUUCUGUUCUGUAGUUUCUUAACUGUUUCAAGAAAUCUGAAUUUAAAUAUUUUUCUAACA